AUGGUGCUAAGUCUUUUUGGUCCUGAAAGUUUGAAAAAUAUGCUGCAUGAGGUUGAAAAAACUACAAAUAAUAACUUGAAGAGAUGGUCAAGACAAAAGAGUGUUGAGAUGAAGGAAGCAACAGCCAAGAUGAUAUUUGAUAUAACUGGAAAGAAACUUAUCAGCUAUGAUUCUGAGAACUCUACAGAGAAUGUGUGUGAAAAUUUUACCGCUUUUAUAAAGGGAUUAAUUUCCUUCCCUUUAUGCUUUCCUGGAACUGCCUAUCACAAGUGUUUACAGGGAAGAAAGAAGAUAAUGAAGAUGCUCAAGAGAAUGCUAGAGGAAAGGAAAUCACAACCAAGAAAAGAACAAAGUGACUUCUUUGAUUAUGUAUUAGAAGAACUUCAAAGUAAAGACACAAUUCUCACUGAGGCAAUAGCUUUGGAUUUGAUGUUUGUGUUGCUCUUUGCUAGCUUUGAGACAACCUCUUUGGCUAUAACUUUGGCUAUUAAAUUUCUUCAUGAACAUCCAAAGGCUUUGAAAGAAUUAACAGUAAGUAAAACCAUAAUCUUCUUCAUCAAUUGA